AUGGAUCUGGGGACUAAAAAAAGAGUCGCUGGGAUUAUUAUCGCUCAGGUCGCCCUGGUUCUCUCCAGCUCAUACGGGACAACCGGAGAAGAGGUGUGUGAUAGCCCGCUGGUGUCCAAUCUGCCGCCAUCGUCCUUCAGGAGCUCCUCCCAGCUGUCCAGCAGCCACGCGCCGGGAUUCGCCAAACUCAACAGGAGAGAAGGAGCUGGAGGUUGGUCCCCUCUCACCUCAGACAGGUAUCAGUGGUUGGAGGUCGACCUGGGUGAGCGGACAAAGAUCACAGCUGUCGCAACCCAGGGGCGAUACGGCAGCUCUGAUUGGCUGUCGUCGUACCUGCUGAUGUUCAGCGACACGGGACACAACUGGAAACAGUACAGACAGGAGGACAGUUUAGGGUCUUUUCCAGGGAACAGUAAUGCAGACAGUGUGGUUCAGUACAAACUGCAGCAGCCAGCGAUCGCUCGCUUCCUCCGCCUCAUUCCUCUGGACUGGAACCCCAGCGGGCGGAUCGGACUCAGGCUGGAGACUUACGGAUGUCCUUAUACCUCUGAUGUGGUGAGUUUUGACAGUGGCAGCAGUGGUCUGGUGUACAGGUUCAGUCCCAGCCCGAGGAAAACAUUCAGAGAAGUCGUCUCACUGAAGUUUAAAACCCUGAAGAAUGCUGGGACGCUGCUCCACGCAGAGGGACAGGAAGGCCUCAGCCUCAGUCUGGAGUUAGAGAGAGGAAAGCUACAGCUGCUGCUCAGACAAGGUGGGACUUCAUCCUUUGAGCCCCGGCGCCUUGCCUCGCUGGGCAGCCUGUUAGAUGAUCAGUAUUGGCAUCAUGUAGUACUGGAGAGACACAGCUCUCACCUCAACCUCACUGUGGACAAACACACGGAGAGGGUUCAAAUCCCUGCAGAGUUCAACCAUUGGGACAUCGAACAGCUGAGUGUAGGGGCAGUCCAGAGCCUCACUUCUCAGAAACCAUUCAUCUCAAAGAGGACCUUCCAUGGCUGCCUGGAAAACCUGCUCUACAACAACCUCAACCUAAUAGAACGAGCUAAACACAACGACCACCAAGUUACCCUUAUGGGCAACGUGACCUUUUCUUGUGCUGAGCCAGUUUCCGUCGCAGUGACGUUCCCCGGCCCCCAGAGCUUCCUCCAGUUGCCGGGUGCGACGGCAUCCUCUUCAGGGGACUUGUCUGUUGGAUUACAAUUCAGGACGUGGAACAAGGCGGGGCUUCUGCUCACAUUUGACCUCCCUCAGCAAGGGGGAGUCGUAUGGCUGUACCUGAGUGAAGCCAUGCUCCGGCUACAGAUCCACAAGGCUGGCAGGGCACUGCUGGAGCUAAGUGCAGGUUCUGCUCUGAAUGAUGGUCAGUGGCAUUCAGUGGAGCUGAACUCCAGAGAAGGACGUCUGACCAUCGCUGUGGAUAAAGAGGAAGGAGGCUCCGCUCACGCCAGCCCCUCGUUUCCUGUCACCGUUGAAAGUCACCUCUUCUUUGGUGGUUGUCCUGCUGAAGACGACAGUCAGGAAUGCCGAAACCCUUUUAACGUCUUCCAGGGCUGCAUGCGUCUCUUAACCCUGGACAACAGAAACGUGGACCUGAUCAUGGUGCAGCAAAAGCAGCUGGGAAAUUACAGCAACCUGCAGGUUGACAUGUGUGGAAUUAUCGACAGGUGUUCUCCCAGUCGUUGUGAACAUGGCGGCCUCUGCAGUCAGUCCUGGACCGUCUUCCACUGUAACUGCUCUGACAGCGGCUACAGCGGAGCCACCUGCCACAGCUCUGUGUAUGAACAGUCCUGUGAGGCGUACAAACACAACGGCAACUCCUCGGGACAUUUUUACAUCGACGUGGACGGCAGCGGACCAAUCAAACCACAGCUGGUCUACUGCAACAUGACAGAGGAGAACACGUGGAUGGUGAUCCAGCACAACAACACAGACCUGACCAGAGUCCGACCGUCUCCUGGUGUGAACCAGCAUUCGGUUCACUUUGACUACUUGACUAAAGAGGAGCAGCUGUUGGCUGCUAUUAGCCAAUCAGAUCACUGUGAACAGGAACUGUCCUACCACUGCAGGAAGUCCCGCCUCCUCAACACUCCAGAGGGGUCUCCGUUCAGCUGGUGGCUCGGUGGUCCCGGCUCCGGUCGUCUCCAGACUUACUGGGGCGGAGCUCAACCAGGAAGUCAGCAGUGUGCCUGCGGCCUGCAGGGCGACUGUGUGGACCCACAACACUACUGCAACUGUGACGCUGACCGCAUGGAGUGGGCUGAAGACUCAGGCCUGCUUAUCCACAGGGAGAGCCUCCCAGUCAGGUCUCUGGUACUGGGUGACAUCCAGAGGCCAGGGUCAGAGGCCGCCUACAGGGUGGGACCGCUCCGUUGUCAUGGAGACAAGAACUUCUGGAACGCUGCGUUUUUCGACAAGGAGACGUCGUACCUCCACUUUCCCACCUUCCACGGGGAGCUGAGCGCGGACAUCUCCUUCCUGUUCAAAACCACGGCCUCCUCUGGUGUGUUCCUGGAAAACCUGGGCAUCAAAGACUUCAUCCGCAUCGAACUAAGCUCCUCCACUCUGGUGCUCUUCUCCUUCGAUGUGGGUAAUGGCCCGCUGGAGGUUCGCGUGGAGUCGAGCGUCCCACUCAACGACAACCGGUGGCAUCGAGUCCGAGCCGAGCGCAACGUCAAGGAAGCGUCACUUCGAUUGGACGAGCUUCCUGCCGCCACGCAGCAGGCUCCUGCUGACGGACACUUCCACCUGCAGCUCAACAGCCAGCUGUUCAUAGGAGGCACAGCGUCCAGGCAGAAGGGCUUUCGGGGCUGUAUUCGCUCUCUGCAGCUGAACGGCGUCACCCUGGACCUGGAGGAGAGGGCGAAGAUCACGCCCGGGGUUCGACCCGGCUGCCCGGGUCACUGCAGCAGCUACGGCUCGCUCUGCCAGAACCAGGGCCGCUGUGUGGAGAGGGUCAACGGCUUCCACUGUGACUGUGGCCUGUCAGCCUACACCGGAGUCUUCUGCCAUACAGAGGUGUCGGCCAUCUUUAAGUCAGGGACAUCCGUCAGCUACACCUUCAAGGAGCCGUACGAGUUAAUCAGGAACAGCAGCGCCCUGCCGUCCUCCAUUUACUCUGACAUGACGCUGAGAGGAGAGAACGUCUCUCUGAGCUUCAGGACGAACCAGAGUCCGGCUCUGCUGCUCUACGUCACCUCCUACUACAGAGAGUACCUGGCCCUGCUCAUCAACAAGCACGAUAAGCUGGAGGUGCGGUACAAGCUGGACAGCAGCAGAGAAGCUGAAGUGUUGAGGAGCAGAGUGAGGAGUCUGGCCAACGGACAACUUCACACUGUGACCAUCAGGAGACUGGCGGACUCCGUGUCUGUGCAGGUCGACCAAAAUGUCAGAGAGGACUUCAACCUGACAUCAGACGGAGAAUUCAAUGCCAUCAAGUCACUGGUGUUGGGCAGGGUGCACGAGUCGGAAGAGUUGGAUCCAGACCUGGCCAGGUUGGCGUCUCUGGGUUUUACCGGCUGUCUGUCAGUGGUCCAUUUUAACUCCAUCAGCCCUCUGAAAGCUGCUCUGCUCCAUCCAGACACCAGCCCCGUCGUCAUCACUGGACCUUUAGUGCAGUCCAACUGUGGCUCCUCGGCUUCAGCCAAUCCCUACGCAGCAGAGGACACGCACCACCUGUCAGACCAGUCUGGUUCAGUGGGUUCAGGUCAACCUUUAGUCAAUGCCAUCAGGACUGACUCGGCUCUGAUUGGAGGUGUGAUAGCGGUGGUGAUCUUUGUGGUUGUGACUGUCCUGGCGAUAACUGCCAGAUUCCUCUACCGGAGAAAAGAGACGUAUAGAAAUCAGGAAGUGAAGGGAGUCAAACAGGACGACAGCCAAGAUUUUCCUUUCAACAACCAAACGACUGAUUCCCAAAACGUCUCCAGCGAAAGCCGAAAGGAGUAUUUCAUUUAACUAAAGGCCUGGUGACCUGGUGAACUGGGGGACGUUUUGGAGCUGAGGGUGCAGACUGGGGGUGUCCUGCCACGCCUCAGGACUUCACACUGCACUCAGAGACACUUGAGACUUCACUGGUAGAAGUGGCUCUACUUUAUAUGGAAAGCAAAAACGAACAAUACACAGUGUUGUCUUUGUGUUGCUUUUCUCUACAUUGUGAAUACUGCUACAAACAGGAAACAGUGUCGGACUUUAAGGUGUUGAUAUCGUCGUUUCAUGUGUAAACAUUCAAAAAUGUAAAUGCUGAUUCAAGUCUUUGUAACAACCUCUGGCUAACGUCACUUUGUCAUAUUGAAAUGUUGAAUAGUAGAGGUAUCAGUAUUUUUAUGGUGUACCAGUACAUAAAAUGUGAAGCUACACCCUCUUGUGGUUGAGUUUCUCCUGGAGAGAUGGGAAUAUGUAGA